AUGUCUGAUUCUCUGGUAUUCCCAUUCGGCUCGCCUGAACCACUCAAGGGACUACGCCUCGUUGCGCACCCUAGACCCACCUAUGGGCCGGAUCAGGUGCUUGUCCAAUUCCUGGCGGUUCCCAUCAAUCCAUUAGACUUUCUGGUCAUUCAUGGAAAGUACCCAAUCAAGCCACAGAGUAGCAUCGUCGAUGCUGGUGAGACACUCGCGAUUCCGGGCUCGGAUGGUGCCGCUCGUGUUGUCGAAGUCGGCUCCGGCAUCCAGCACCUGGCCGUUGGCGAUCUGGUCGUUCUUCGGACCCAUUGCAAAGGCACUUGGCGAACCCACGCGGUGCUCGGAGAGGACGACCUCAUCCGCCUCCCGUCCACGUUGCGGGAAUACUGCUCACUCGAGCCGGGCGACUGGAUCAUGCAGAACGCCGCUACCGGGACAAUCAGCCACUUCGUCAGUCAAUUCGCCCCGCUCUACGGCGUUGGAGUCAUCAGCGUGAUCCGGAACCGGGCGAACGCGAAUGAGCUCGAACGUACCAAGCGUUCGUUGCGCUCACACGGGGCCAGCCUCGUGUUGACGGAAGAAGAGCUCCACUCGACCAACGCUCUGGACGGGAAGAGGGUCGUGCUGGCGAUCGAUUCCAUCUCGGACGAUGAUCUAGCCCGCCACAUGGCGACCCGCCUCACGCCGGGUGGGACUCUCUCUGACGGCUGGAUUUCUCCGUCCGAAGGUAUCUUCCGAGGGGCCGGGCCGCAGCAAGAGGCGCUCUUUGAGUGGUUUGCCAAGUUAUUGGCGCAAGGGACCUUGAAGGCACCGGCACUUGAAUACGUCGGGUGGAAACGAGGGACCCCAAGUCUCGAGGAGACUCUCCGUGAGGCAAUUCGCCGGGCCCACGAGGGCGCGGUUGGAUCUCGCAAGCAGAUAUUUGUGUUCGAGUAG